UCUUGUUUCUUGUCGGAGGAGAAAAGCGAAAGGAGUUUGGGACAUCGAAGUUGUUGUGAGAGCUUCCACCUGAGGGUGUUUUGGCAAAAUGAGCGGAUUUAAAACAUUUCUAAGCUCAAUAUUUAUUUUCUUCCUGGUGGAGUGCUGCCUGGUUGAUUGUGAUAUAACGGACGGAAACGCGGAGCAUCUGAAGAGGGAACACUCUCUGACGAAGCCUUACCAAGGUGUUGGCAAUCAGUGGGAUUUCUGGGGAAGCACACUGGUGACGAGCUCAUAUGUCCGGCUUACUCCAGAUGAGCGGAGCAAACAGGGAUCCAUAUGGAAUACUGUGCCUUGUUACCUGAAGGAUUGGGAGAUGCAUGUGCAGUUUAAAGUUCACGGAUCAGGAAAGAAGAAUCUCCAUGGCGAUGGCAUCGCUAUCUGGUACACGAAGGACAGACUGCAUCCAGGCACUGUGUUUGGAAACCAAGAUCAGUUUCAUGGCCUGGCUAUUUUUUUGGAUACCUUCCGCAAUGACCUCCAUGGAAUGGAUCGCUCCUUCCCUUACAUCUCGGCCAUGGUAAACAACGGCACAGUGAGUUAUGAUCAUGGUAAAGAUGGCCGCUCAUCGGAGCUGGGAGGCUGCUCAGCUGACAUUAGAAACAGAGACUUUGACACGUAUCUCGCUAUCCGCUAUUCUAGAGGAAGACUGACGGUGAUGGUUGACGUGGAUGACAAGAACGAGUGGAAAGAGUGCAUUGACAUCGGAGGUGUUCGUCUUCCUACUGGAUAUUUCUUCGGUGCAUCAGCAGCAACUGGAGAUCUCUCAGAUAAUCAUGAUGUCAUCUCUAUGAAACUCUACCAGCUGAUGGUGGACCACUCCCCUGAAGAGGAGAACUUAGACUGGACUAAAAUCGAGCCCAGCGUCAGCCUUUUCAAGUCCCCCAAAGACAACAUUGAUGAUCCUACUGGAAACUUCCGGGGCACGCCCCUCACAGGUUGGAAGGUGUUCCUGCUCCUGCUGUGCGCUCUGCUGGGAAUUGUCGUGUGCGCGGUGGUAGGAGCUGUGGUUUUCCAGAAGAGACAGGAGAGAAACAAGAGGUUCUACUGAGCAGAGAGCGGAAACUCGUCACAAAGGUGGAGCUUUGUUGUGGAAUGAACUGUUCCCAGAUGACAGAACGAGCGCAUUCAAUGUGAACUUUUUAAUGGAGAUUGUAUAAAUGUUUAUAACUUUUAAAGCACUGCAUUACGAGUGAAUCAUGGGAUGAAGGUGGAGGACGAGUGGUGACAUCUUCAGUGACCCUAAAUGCUGAUUUUUCUGUGCUUGUUCAUUUAUUGCAGGGUUAAAGUUGAAACAAACAUGGAAUUCAGUCUGUAAAAAAUCAGGCUGUUUUUUUUUAAGCCACCUGUUCUACAAAAGUUAAUAAUGACAUCAUGAUUUAGGUAUUUAUUUUUGUCUUCCAACUGUUUUUUACUUCUUUUUACAAAGAAAAGCUCUACCAGGCAAAAACUGCUCUUUCAAAAUGUAAAAAGGAAUUAAUCUAGUAAAAUAAAAAUAUAAAAAGUGUUUGACCUGUGACCCCGAUCAAGGUGAGAAGAACAAGUUUUAUUUGUUUUUAGCGUUUUUGUGUUACUGCCGUUCUCUUUCUGAAAACCAGAAACUCUGAAGCUUCCUCUUCGAAGUUUUGAGUUUGUUUUGUUUCACGUGGAUCUGUGUUGGAACAAACUUUAGUAGCUGUCUGGGGUUUUCAUGCUUGUUUUUUUUUUUUUAUGCGUUGUUGCUUAAAGUGUCAAAGGAUGGAUACUGUUUAAAGUCUGCAGUUCUUAGUUCUAAUUUUUCUUUGUUUCAAACUGUUAGAAAGAAGUGGGUAAAGCAGCAUCUAGCUAUUUCUAAUUAUGUUUAACUCAGUGGCUGGAAAAUAAGUUAAUCUAGAAAUAUUAAAAAAGGCAUUUGAAAAGAAUUUGGGUUUAAUCUCUAAAAAAAGGUAAAGAUGGUUAGGCAUCUUUUUUUUGAAAGCGUUUAUCAGAACAUUCAUACAUGAAAAAGGGAAAUUGAGCUGCUGUCAAUUUAUAAUAAUCACACAAUCAUCUCGUGAUUUCUGCAGUUUGCCUAUACUAACGGAUGUAAUAUGAAUAAGGGUGUGUGUGCUUAGAAGCUUCUUAGUUACGGUAAUGUGUAUGGCUGUGUGUUGGCUAGGAUUUUCUGAUUUAUUUUUAUUUUAUCUUGAAAUGACAUCAGUAUGUGGAUUGGAUUCUAAAUUUUGCAAAACCCUUAUAAGUGCAAAGGCGUUAAUUUAGAGUUUUAGAUUGUUUUGCUAUAAAAAUACUGUUUGAUUUAAAACUGUUAUGAAAUUAAUCUCUCAUGAGGCCUCCUAUCGAACCCAAUUGUUAAUUGUUUUUCCUAUUUUCGUCAUUAUGUGAUUGUCCCCAGUCAGCAAUGUUGAAUUCCUAUUGGUGAAUUCUUUAAUACAGUGUUAAUCAUGAAAUCGCAGCUAACUAUAUCAGAGCUUAAAUUGAUGACUUAUUGUUGCACUCAUGAAUGUUGAAGCUCAUAAUGUCUGCAUCUUUUAUUUUGACUACAAAUACUUUUCUUGCCAUGUCAGCUUAGUUUGUGAUGAAACUUGAAACGGCUCCACUCAUCAGAAAUAAUGAAUAAAACUGAAAAAAACCCA